CAUGGGUAUACUUUGAAAAAUUGGACAGCAAAAAAGCUGCUUGUGACUUGUGCGGAGUGACAGUUUUAACUGCUGGUAAUACCACGAAUUUGAUGAAGCAUUUACAAAAGAAACACCCAAAUGAACACCAAAAAGUUCUGGAAGAAGUUUCUGCUGAAAAGCUUGCUAAGAAAGCCAAGCAGCAACAGAGCUCAAGCAGUGAGAAGCAGUUGACAAUUGAAGCCACCAUAGAAAAGACACAAGGAUAUGGCAAAAACUCACUCCGGCGUAAGGCCAUUGAUGAUGCCUUAUGUAAGAUGAUCGCAACAGAUCUUCAGCCUCUAUCAAUUGUUGAGGAUGUAGGCUUCACGAGUUUCUUAAAAACAGUUGAUCCUAAGUACACAGCACCCAGUCGUAAAACCAUCACAACUGUUCUUCUACCUCGAUUGUAUAGUACUAAAAAGCAGCAAUUACAAGAGGAACUUGAUGGUGUUAAGUAUUGCUGCCUCACCACUGACCUGUGGACGUCAAGAGCUACUGAGGGAUACCUCACUUUGACAUGCCACUUCAUAGAUGAAGCCAUGGCUCUCAACUCCACUGUUUUGACUACAUGUCAUAUUGAUCAACCACAUACUGCUGACAAUAUAUCAGCAGAGCUGCAGAAGAUCACCAAUGCGUGGGGCCUCACAACAAAGGUACACUGUAUCGUUACAGAUAGUGGUUCCAAUGUGAAGGCUGGAGUGCGGCUUUGUAAGUGGAACCACUUGGCAUGCUUCGCUCACACAUUAAACCUGAUUGUGACCGCUGCUAUCAAGAAUGACCAUGAGCUCAACGAAGUGGUACAAAAAGUGAAAAAGGUGGUGACUUACUUCCACAAAAGCACUAAAGCAUCUGAAAAUCUUAGUACAAACCAAACUCGCUUGAAUCUCCCACCACACCGGUUAGUUCAACACGUAGAAACCCGGUGGAACUCAGUGUAUUACAUGCUUGAUCGAUACCUUGAGCAAGAAGAAGCAAUUAAGACUACACUGUGUUUACUUGACCGCAAUGAACUCAUUAUUCCAUCCGAAAAGGCUACCUUGAUCAAGAAAGCCAUUUCUGUGUUGUCACCUUUUGAAGCAGUCACAACUGAGAUGAGUUCCGAAAGUAAUCCAACAGCAUCUAAAAUCAUUCCAAUAACAAAGGGAUUACGACGGGUGACACUGUUACACACAGAUAGUACCUUGGCUGAUAAUCUCAGAAAGGAAAUGACAGACAGAUUUCCUUUGGGGAUGGAAGAGAACCAUUUAUUGGCACUUUCCACACUACUUGACCCUCGGUUUAAAGCGGUUGCUUUCAGCGACAGAAAUGCUGUUGAAAAAGCCAAAAGAGAACUGCUUCAAGAAGCUGUAACCCAGUACCAGACUCCACAAACACCACAGGUAGAAGGACCCAGCAAUGGUGCUGGUGGACAACAGGAGCAAUGCAUCGAUGUUUGGCAAUUCUUUGACGAGCAGGUUCAUCACAUUGCUAGUCACCAGACACCAACUAGCUCUGUAUUGGUGGAACUGGAGCAGUACGUUAAGGCUCCAAUACAGCCUAGACACGGUAACCCCCUACAGUGGUGGGGCGAAAACAGGCAUAACUACCCUACUAUUUUUAAGGUUGCAACCAAAUACCUUUGCACUGUAGCAACAUCUGUGCCAGCAGAGAGGCUCUUCAGUAAGGCUGGAGAACUAAUUUCUCAGAGGCGAAGUAGAUUGACAGCAGAAAAUGUGGACAUCAUGAUACUAUUUUUAAACACCGUGUGUUAAACCAUAGAUAUUACCUAUACAACUGUUUAGGUUAUUAUAAAGAUUGGUUUUUACAGGACAGGGUGUGGUUUAAGGCGUGGUCACAGUAUCGUAUCGAAAUAAUAUCGAUCCAAU